AUGUACUCGGCGGCUGUUGAGGUAGGCCCACCGACUCCGGCCUUAGACCCCGGCUAUACCCUGCCACCCUGGGUACCUGACUGGAGCACAGCCCAGUCUGCCUGUCUGCUGCUACAUGAUGCGCUUGGCCCACAGCGCGCUACACAUGCUACAGCGCAUAGCAAAGCCUUGCCGCAAUUUAUCGACACUGGUAGCCCGACGCUGCUCCUACACGCGCACGAGACGAUAUAUUGGUAUUACACGCCCCUUUCAUGCGACCCGGUGCGCCGUCUAGGCGCCUCUGCGUUUGCACAAAAUUCGAAAGCUGCUGCAACCUCGUCGGCCCCCGACCGCGCCAGCCGCACCAGCAACUCGCCCAGCUCACGCGACUUAUCCAACAUACCAAUGCAAGAACUAAACGUCUCCAGAGUCAUGGUGAUCAAUCACAUCGAUACUCGUCGUUCGGGCGGCAUGCAUACAGUAGCUCAGCUUGCAGCUCGACAGCUAUGGGGCGCAGCAUUGUGCACCCAUUCAGGUAUCUGCCAGUGGGCUACCAUGAACAUGGCGAAGCUCCUCAUUGUCUUGUUACUGUUCGCAUCGACUGCUUAUGCUGCUCCUAAUCAUUUUCGACUGUGGUUCCCUCAAUAUCGCGACCCAUUCGAACGCUACAUGAAAAACUGUAUGACCACAUAUGACGCGUACCAAAAGAACCUAUCUUGUCAUCCAGUCAACUACGGCGGCUGCCAAUCCGGACGAAUGGUUCAUUGUCUUCUAAGUCAAGCCACCGAAUCUUUGAAAGCAAACAUGGCCUCUGCCGGCGUUAUUUUGGGCCUCCUUCCCACUACAUUGAGCCUUGUCGGGUCAACCACUGUUGAGACUGGUCUUUUGGCCCUUCGACGACCUUUCCUAUCACUACUCCUAGCGUGCGGGACCCCGGCGGUGUCUCCGGUCCGAUCUUUCGAGUAUCGGGAUCCGAUCGACUUACUUCGAAGGACACCCACUACCAUCGACAUACCGAAAUUCAAUCCGAUGUCGGCAACGGUUAUAGUUAUCUUUCAGUACAUCUUUGCGCUUGCGGCCGUGGCCAACUUGGCUCACGUCAGCUGGGAAUUUGGUGCUCCAUUACCGCUGCCAAAGCUCAAAGUCGAGUCCAAACGAACGCGCCUGGGCAAGGAGAAUCAAAACGGAGUUGAAACUGAAUGUACAACACUCAACCACGAUACUUCAUAUCCGAAAUGA